GCUGAGAUCUCGCGAUAUUUGGGGCUGCCCGAGACGCGCCUGGUGCUGGAGAGGAAUCUCAGGAUUUUAAAUCCUGAUAGAGCCCUCUGGAGGCCAGUCCUGGCAGUUUCCCAGCAUUCGAAGCUGUUAGACCCCCAUGGAAUCAAAUGCGUCAUGUCCAGCAGAUGCUGCACCCUUGGCGAAGAGACAGUUUCGUGUUCUCGUGGGUGUCACUGGGAGUGUUGCAGCCCUGAAGUUGCCUCUUCUGGUGUCUAGGCUUUUGGACAUUCCUGGCCUGGAAGUAGCAGUGGUCACCACCGAGAGAGCCAAACAUUUCUACAGCCCCCAGGACAUUCCUGUCACUCUCUACAGCGACGCUGAUGAAUGGGAGAUGUGGAAGUGCCGAUCCGACCCCGUUCUUCACAUUGACCUGCGGAGGUGGGCAGAUCUCAUGCUGGUGGCUCCUCUUGAUGCCAACACCCUGGGGAAGGUGGCCAGUGGUAUAUGUGACAACUUGCUUACCUGUGUCAUCCGGGCCUGGGACUGCCGAAAGCCCCUGCUCUUCUGCCCGGCGAUGAACACCGCCAUGUGGGAGCAUCCCAUCACCGCGCAGCAGGUGGGCCUGCUCAAGGCCUUCGGCUAUGUGGAGAUUCCUUGUGUGGUCAAGAAGUUGGUGUGUGGAGAUGAAGGUCUAGGGGCCAUGGCUGAGGUGGGCACCAUUGUGGACAAGGUGAAAGAAGUCCUCUUCUGUCGUGGCAGCUCUCAGCAGAGCUGAACCUGGGAUUUCUGUUGUUUGUAUCCUUCUGUACCCUGCGUGUUUUCAGGCCAAGUCUAUGAAGAAGAUGGACAUCGGCAAAAUAUGGUGAAGACUUCUGGGUUUACCCAGAAGUAGGGGUGUAGCCUGGGCCUGCUCCAGAGCCUCCCCAGGGGCCUCACUUGCCUCAGGUUAAAUUAGACCAAAGGCCCAGAUCCCAACUUCUUUCCAACUAAGAGAUGGCUGCAUUCUGGGCCCCUCCCCACCUUCUCCUGGGAUAGGCAUAGCAAGCUGCUGCUGUGUGGCCCUGUGCUCUGGGAGGGGGAAUGAGGGAGGACUGAGAAACCUUGAUUCUGCAUCGUGCAGGGGACCCGCUUCAGCUCCUUGGUGGGGUGCCCAGCUGCCAUGCAGAGAGUCAGGGAAGCCUGUAAGUUGGCAAGAUGCCGAGUUUCUCCACAGACCAUGCUGUGAGAUCGGGGGUACUGGGGAAUAAAGAAGAGUGACUUUUAGGAGACUGUGUCCUUCCUUUACCUGUGGCCUCGGAGAUCAGGGGCAUUGCUUGGGGUGGCUGGGGGAGGGUCUGGGCUGACGACUGACUGGCCAAUAUCAUAUGGUGGUUAAGGGCAGAGGGCUCUGAAGCCAGACAGACCCUAGUUCAAAUCCCAGCUCUGCCAUGUGCUAGCAGUGGACCUUGGCUCAAGGCUCAGCCUUUCUGACCCUCACUUUCCUCAUCUGUAUUAUCCUACCCUCAUGAAGUUUUUGAGAGGAUUAAAUGAGGUAAUGUGUGCAAGAUACCCUCUUCCCCCCCUUACAUAGUAAAUGUCAAAGGGAAGUUAAAGCUUGGUAUGCAUUCACGCCAAUGAGUUUUUCUAACAUUGACUGAAAUAGACCCUCUCAUUUUGGGAAAAAUAAAAUCCCCAGCCCGAGGCCGAGAUGGCCUUUAUGCAAAUAACAGGCACACAGACAGCAGGGUUAGAACCCACCUUGGAAUCCAGGCCCCUUGCUUCCUGAUGUCCACAUCAGCUUUGCUGCACCUAGGACUGGGAACCUGGGUGUCUCUGCCUCCCCUCCAACCCCACCCAGUGGCACCUGUGAUUAUGGGAAGUAGACUCCAGAGAGAAGCAUGUUCUGCCCUAGAAAACCCCACCACCCUGUCUUUGACCUAAUUGCUGUUUGGUGGCUGCAGUGGGGAGGGGCUUGUUUGCCUGUUUGGAGCUGAGGUUGGGUCUGAUUCCUGCUUUCCAGCCCAUGGGUGAGUCAGCACUCCAUGCAUGCUCUUGGACCACUGAUGGGGGGAGGUACCUCUGAGGGGCACCAGGAAGCCUGCUGGCUGGGACCAAGACCUCCAGUAGCCUCCAAGAGCCUUUAUCUCUACAGUGCUUGACUUAAUCAAAGUGGCCCUUUGGGAUGAAAUUGCCAAUAAAGAAAAUAUAACUAAAGUUGUAUUGCAAUAAAGAAAAUAUAACUAAAGUGGUAGCACCACAAACCAACCUCUUGACAGGUUUGAAGGUUGAGGUGUGGGGAGGGCCUAGAUAAUUGAAAUCCAGAGAAAAUCCCAAAGUUCCAUUUAAAUGGUUUCCAACUCCCCUCCUCAUGUCCACAUUGCCCUGUCUUUUCCUCAGCAAUGUGCUAAUGAGUGGUGAGGCUCUCCAAUAUUAACAGAAACUGCUACCAUUUACUGAGUGCUUAUUGUGUGCAAGGCUUUGUGCUGGGCAUUUUAGGAAGACCUGCUACAUAAUGCCUGUUUUAUUUUUUAUUUUAAGUUUAUUUCGAGAGUGCACAUGUGCACACACACACACACACACACACACACAUGCAUGCACGAGCAGGGGAGGGGCAGAGAGAGAGAGGGAGAGAGAGAAUCCCAAGCUGGCUCCAUGCCAUCAGUGCAGAGCAUGAAAAUGGUGCUCGAUCCCCCAAAACCCUGAGAUCAUGACCUGAGCCCCCAAAAGCAGUUGGAUGCUCAAUAGACUGAGCCACCCAGGUGCCCCCACAACACCUGUUUUAAAAGGCCACAGGAGCAGAGAGGUUGAUAGGCCUCUACCUAAUAUGUCUGCAAACGGCUGUGACUCCUCAGAGCAGGACUGAGCCUUGUUGGCUGGAAGGGAAGAGAUGUCCCCAUGGACGUGGGCCAGCAAGAGGUUCUGUCCUGGGGUCCACCUCUCCCAUCACUGCAGUCCUGAUCCCUGUUGCCCAUUUUGAAUGAGGGUCUGGAUGAAUGGGCCUGGGCUGGAGCUGAAGAGCCCAGUUGUCCCCUGAGCCCCUAAGGUUGGAGUUAAGAGGAGAGGGCAGUUAGCAUCCAGACUGCAUUUAGCUGGCCCCAGCUGCAGAGGAGUGCUGAGGUGGGAGUAGUGGCCACAGCUUUCCCCACCAAGAGUCAAAGCUCUUAAAGUUGUCAGCAUUUAAGUUCAAAGUGUUUCUCAGAGAAGGCGCUAGUUUCUCUGAUUAUUUUUAUAGAAUUCUGGAAGCUUGACAGAACAGAAUACUUGGGUCUAAAAGUCACACUCUUGUUUGGCACCCUGGAGCCUCUCUAGGCUCCUGUGGCUACUGCCGGGUGAGAGGCAGAAGUUUCCAGGCCAGGGCCCAGCCUCUACACUGGUCUGUCUCUAGCUCUUCUGAUGCCUCCCCCUCCACCCGCCACUGACUCCUGGGCAGUACACAGCUUGGCCCUCCAUGAUCUGGUCCCUGCCUACCUUUCCAGCUUCACCCCUAUUACAUGCCACCAUGCAAGGCUCCCUGUCUUCUAGCCAGACAGGACAGCCUUGACUGAGCCCUGUAGCUUCUUACCUUUGCACUUGCUGCCACUUUUACUGGAAGGCCAUUCUUCACCCAGCUAACUCCUAUUCAUGCCUCUGAUACACCUGGGUGCCACCUCUUUUGGAAAGUCGUCCUUGGCCAACUCAGGCUAGAUUAAAUGGUCUUUAUUCAGGCCCUAUUAUUAUCCACUGAAAUUGGGAUCUGGAGGGCAGGAGUUGUCCUAUUCCUCACAAAGCCUGGUAAGUCAUUCCAAGCUUCUUAUACUGACAAAAUAAAAAAAGGUGUGGGGCAGGGGGAAGGAGGGGGAGUCUGUUCCUUUCUGAGAAAGACAUACAACCUAGGAGCCAUAAAAGCAAAGGCUGAUAAAUUUGCCUACAGAAAAAUAAACAAUUCCGCCUAGCAAUAGCCCAUAGGCAGGGUCAAAAGGCAAACAUAAAUGGGAAAUUAUCUGCAGGUCCUAUAACAAAGGACUAAUUCCCUUAGUAUAUAAAAAGCCAUACAUUGAUUAGAAAAAGACCAAGAAUGGGGUGCCUGGGUAGCUCAGUCGGUUAAGCAUCUGACUCCUGAUUUCGGCUCAGGUCAUGUUCUCAUGGUUUGUGGGAUUGAGCCCUGUGUAGGGCUCUAUGCUGACAGUGCGGAGUCUGCUUGGGAUUCUCUCUCCACUCUAAAUACAUACAUACAUACAUACAUACAAGAGAGCAAG